AUGACGCCCUCAGAUUUAUUGUCAAUUGAAAAAUUUGUAUGUGAUUUGGCCACAAAUAAAGUGGGCCCCAUUAUUAAAAGUAAGUCAGGUACUCAACAGACCUAUGAUUUAAAGACAGGAUCUAGGAAAGUAGAUAUUGUUACCGUUAUUGACAAACAAGUGGAGAAAUUAAUUUGGGGGGAAUUGAGAGCAGAGUAUCCUGACUUCAAGUUUAUUGGUGAGGAAAGUUAUAUGAAAGGUGUGACUAGGAUCACGGAAGAGCCUACAUUCAUUGUGGAUCCGAUCGAUGGUACUACCAAUUUUGUUCAUGAUUUCCCUUUUAGUUGUACUUCUAUCGGGUUAACUGUGGAUAAAGUUCCUGUCAUGGGAGUUAUUUACAAUCCUCACCUGGAUCUAUUGAUUUCAGCGUCGAAAGGAAAUGGUGUUAGAAUUAAUGGCAAAGAUUUUGAUUAUAAGGAAAAAAUAGAAGGUAUGGGCCCCCUUAUACUAAAUAAAUCGGUAGUGGCAUUACAGCCAGGAUCUGCAAGAGAAGGUAACAAUUUUAAAUGUAAAUUGGCUACGUUUGAAAACUUACUAGCCUGUGAUGGGGGAUUUAUUCAUGGAUUUAGAAAUUUGGGAUCAUCCGCAAUGACAAUGGCCUACAUUGCCAUGGGUUACUUAGAUUGUUACUGGGACGGUGGCUGCUAUUCAUGGGAUGUUUGUGCAGGCUGGUGUAUAUUGAAUGAGACAGGUGGACGUGUUGUAGGUGCCAAUCAAUCGGAAUGGGAUAUUGGAGUCGAUAAUAGAACAUACUUGGCUGUCAGAGGUACAAAGAUAGGUAGUGAGGAAGAUCAAACAAAGUACAUUGAGGAUUUUUGGGGUUGCGUCAAGGGUAAAUUGGAAUACGAUUAA